GAUUCACUUAUUUAAAGACUUCGACAAAAGCUGUGUGUGCAUAUUUUUGGGUCGGCUUAGAGCAAUUAAACCCACACAUUGUGAGCACCUAACUGGAGGAAUCUAAUUACAACCUACCAAGCCAAACCCAGCCCAUCCUACACAGUCUGGAGUCUGGACCUCACAUUGCCUUCCACGAAAGAGUUCCUCAGAAGCUCCAGGACAACAUCAGCAGCAGCCUCGUCUGACCCAGCUGGAUCAUCGUACGCCGGCUGCAGCCCGGUGCGUUUUUUCUUUGCAGGAGACAGGAGCCUCACCGAGAGCUCCGCACACCGGUUCCCAAGCUGUCUCUUCGGCUGCUUCCCGCGAUUACUAUGGACAAUGAUGAGGACGAUGAUGGGAACUUCACCAAGUGGAUGAGCAGUUACUGGGGGCAUGGGGAGGAGCACGCCAAAGAAAGGAAGAGGAGUUUUAGGAGGCCCUUGCGCAACAAAGCUGACCGCCGUGCCUCUUUGCCCUGCAUGCUGGAAGCCAUGCAGGCGAAUCAUCUCCAUGCUAGAAGCAUGGCCCCUGUCCCUGUCCACCUAAAGGGCCGUGAGGAAAAGGAAGUGCACUCUCAUCCUCGUGCCCGCCGCGUGUCUUCAGAUGAAAACAGCCGAACCAAAGUGGGGGGACCUGAAUGUCACAUCAGCACCAUUCCAGAGCUCACUGAGUGCUUAGAGAAGAGGCUGCGUUUCAAUAACCAGAAGGUGAUAUCAAUGGGUGAUGCAGAUAGCAUAUGUCUUAUUUGCCAUGAAGAACUACGGAAUGGAAGGGGUAGCAUCCAAGAACUUCGCUGUGGCCAUCAUUUUCAUAAAGAGGCAAAAUGGCCAGAGCAUGGCGCACGUCCACGUAGUGGGAGUUCUGCACCUGCUUGUGAGAGAGGAAAAGAGAUACCGUUCUGCCCUGGACAGGAGGAAUAUCGCUUACCCCGUCGCCAACUCUCUUUACGUAGACAACGUUGAUUGUUUUCAGUUUAACAUACACUCUAAAAAAUAAAGGUUCU